AUGGUAAACUCACAUCUUGAGGUUCGAGAGAACCAAAACACCAAGAAUGGUGUUACGGCCAAGACAUUGUCAACAUUCACAGUUGGAGAUCCCUAUGAAUAUGCAUACGGUUUAAACAACUACCAUGAGUCGGAGUCUAUUCCUGGUGCAAACCCCAGGGGAUGUAUUCACCCCCAAAAAGCAUUAGUGAACCUCUUCCCAGAUCGGCUGUCGACAGCGCCCUUUACUAUCUCACGUAAAGAGCAGAAGCAGACGUAUUUCUCUCGGACACUGCCAUCAACGUCAACGAGACAAUACACAGAAUGGAAGCCGAGAUCUAAGCUACCCAACCUGAAGCUGUCGGAUCUCCAAUUCAAGCCAAUUCCAUAUAUCUUUCCACCACAAGAUAUCAAUGAGCAAGAUGACUUUAUAACAGGUCUUAAGGUCCUUGCUGGGGUAGGCGAUCCUGCUAUGAGGAAAGGACUAGCGUAUUACGUCUACUCUGCGGGUUUAAGCAUGCCAGAUAAUCAAGCCUUCACUAGUUCCGAUGGUGACUUACUCAUAGUUGCCCAGCAAGGUUCUCUUGACAUCAUGACAGAAAUGGGACCGAUGAGAGUUCGCCCUUCUGAGAUAGCGGUCAUCCCUCGCGGAAUUCGUUUCCACGUCUCGCUAGUAGAAGGUCCGAUCCGUGGAUUCGCCCUCGAGACAUUCAUAGGCCAUUUUGAGUUGCCUGAGUUAGGGCCUAUUGGUAGCAGUGGGCUGGCGAAUGCCAGAGACUUCCAAAUUCCUCAGCUGCAGCCAUAUAAGCCAGGACCUGAUACAGAGAUUAUUAACAAGUAUUGCGGCGAACUAUUCUCUACGACCAUGAAGGGAAGCGUGUUCAACGUGGUUGGGUGGCAUGGUUCCACCUUCCCUUUCAAAUAUGACCUUGGCAAAUACUGUACCAUGGGUGCGAUCUCCUAUGAUCAUGCUGAUCCUUGUAUUUGGACUGUCUUCACAGUAAAGAGCGACGUUGAGGGAAUACCAGCGGUUGAUGUUCUUGCUAUCCCCCCGAGAUGGGUUGUCCACGAGGAUACAUUCAGGCCACCUUCUUUCCAUCGCAAUGUCGCAUCAGAGUUCAUUGCUAUCAUCAAAGGUUCUCUAGAUGGGAAGAAUGAUGCCAGUGGGCUCUCGUCAAUCAACAUUAAUUUAACGGCACAUGGACCCACACGAGCAGAGUAUGAGACAGGUAUUUCGGAAGACCAAAAGCCUGUUCGAAUCAGCAACGAUAAUAUGUUGGUGAUGUUUGAGAGCAGCUAUGUCCUCGGAAUCCCGGACUGGGCUACAGGAGGCAAGACAGUUGCAAUUGGAGAUAGAUAUAGUGAGUACGAGCCAGCUCAGGUCUGA